AUGGAGGUAACUCCGGCACCGCGCGAAGACCCCGAGCCGAGGCAGGCGACCGCGCCGCCUGCGACGAGCGCCCCGAGCGCGCCGGCCGCGCCGCCCGCGCCGGCCGAGCCGACAGCCGCGGUCGCGCCCGGCGCACCGGCCGCGCCCGUUUCCGCGCCCGCGCCCUUGUCCGUACCCGCGCCCGCGCCCGCCGCCGCGCCCGCGCCCGCAGCGCCCCCCGCCGGCGCGCCCAGGCCCCUCCCCCCUAGCCCCCCGCAGGCGCCCGGCAGCCCGGCCGCGCGCGCCUCCGGAUCCAGCAGCGACCGCUCCGGUGGCUCCUCGCCCAGCCGCCCCUCCUCCAGGGUCGGCCCUCAAGACUCGAGCGAGUCACGCGGCUCCUCUACUUCGGAGAAUAGUAUUCGAUUCGUGCCGCCCGUGAUGAUCCUGCAGCAUUGGGGCGAAGAAUGGGUGCCGGUGUUCACGCGGGACCAGCAGAGCCAGAACUCGCCGCAGCACCAGCGGCCGCUGGAGCCCUACAGCGACGCGUACCUCACCGGCAUGCCCUCCCGCAAGCGCCGCUGCGUGCGCCAGGCCCGGCCGCCGACCACGCUGGAUGGAUUCAUGAACGAGAGUGUAAACGAGGCGACGGAGCGGAACGGCACCGACAACGGCGCCAUCCGCGCGGCCUUCCGCGAGCACAUGCGCGAACUGGCUCGCGCGCGCGCCGCCACCUCCGACGACUACGACCCGGCGCGCUUCGCCUCCGCCGCCCGCUUCCUGCAGCCUAAUGGAAGGUCAAGCAGGAACGAAAGCCCCGAAUGCAGCAACAAUGAAAAUGGAGUUUGAAUUGCCUACGCUACGGUACUGUCGCUGGAACAUAAAAUAUAAUCUUAGAUUCACAGGUUGCUUAUACGCGCUUGGUUCAUAUUACCGAGCAGUUUUUAAUUGUAUUGCAAUUAGGUAGUUUUUAAUAUUCAUUAAUAGGGUAGUUGACAUACCAGUCAAUCAACAUAUUGUAGCUGCAUUGCAUGAACAGUCAAAACGCGAUUCUCCCACAAUGACAUACAAAAAAAAAGAUAGAUAGGUUAUGCGCGUACAUUUGUAUUUUAAGGUGACGUAAGUAGUUCUCUCUCUUUCUCUAGUAUUGUGACAUCCGCGGCAUCAAAUCGUGCCCGACUGAAUGCAAGGCGGGCAAUUACCUGACUUUUCUAUUGCCAUUCUAGAGCGGUUACGAUGAAUCAAAUUUUUUAAGUCAUGUAGUUCUCCCAUAGAUUUUGUAUGGACAAUCGGGUUAUAAAUAGUCAUCGGAGUUCGCGAACUGAUGACUAACAAUGUUUCAAUUUCAAAGCUACUAAAAAUUUAAAUAAACAACUAAAACUAAAUCUUACUCUGUUUUCGGAACUACAUUGAAGUGUUAAAAAAGGAGUAGUGUCAUGGAAUUUAUUGGUCAUUGGUGUCAACUACCCAUUUUCAUCAUAUUUAAUAUUAUGUAGUUUGCCAACAUAUACUCAUUUAGCCGAAGAUUUAACUAAUUGAUGUAUAACCAGUUUUAAAUAUUGUGUCGUCUGGAAUUACUGUCUAUUUUACUCAAUUUAUACUUCUCAUGUUUAGCUGCUCUUAUUUUUUUCUAGAGUGUGUUUUUUAUGUUAUUUCAAUCAAUAUAGUGCCCCUGUAACUUUCAUCAUUACUUAUUUGUUUACAUAUUAUUGUAACGGUUAAAAUGACGGUUCGAUUUUAAUAUUUUCUUUUGGUCUAAUUCUUAAAAAAAAAAUUGAAGCUUAAUUUAAAUGAUUGAUAUUUUUAGAUUAAAACAAAAAGGGAAGAUAUGUCAUAAGCGUUUCGGAAGUGUCCCCACUCUAAAGACUGAUUGGCUAGAUUAAGUAUUUAACUAAAUUUUAAGUGAUCAAAAUGCAUCGUAACAAAUUUUUAACUUAAUUCCAAAUGUCAAGCUCUUGUUUACUAUCAAACUGCUUGUCAAAACGUGUCAAGUGACAAGCCCCGCCCACCAAUUUACAGAAAAAUCAAUUUAAAAUUUAGUUAUCUACUUAAUACGUGUAUAUCAGCCUUUAUGGUGCCUAUGGGCAUGACAUACAAAAAAGAUAGACAGGUUAUGCGUUGUAGGCGCAUUAUUGCAUGUUAAAAUGGCGCAAGUAGUCCUUAAAUAGGGAGAGCUAUUUAAUACGAGAGCUAUUUUCUAAGAAGGCAAUUACCUGACUUUUCUAUUGCCAUUCUAGAGCGGGUACGACGUAUAACUUAAAACUUAAAAAACGUCUUAGUUCACUGAUCUAUCACUGGCACCCGCCAUGUCUUCAGGGCCUAGUUUUUUCAAUAUCAAUGUAAGCGCAUACCAUAUCUUCCCUUUUUGUUUUAUUAAUCUAAGUUGAUGUUACAUAGUUUUAUCCUUUUAUCUAAAUGUGCAAAUCCAUAAAUAGUAGCUCACAUAACCGAUUGAUGUUUUUAAUAGUAAACACACAAUAAUUGGAUGUUAUUAUAAUCAAAAGUAAUUAGCUUAGCGGAUAUUUUCAUCAUUAUUAUUAAUGUUUCAAUAGAUUUUAAAACAUGUAUCAUCUACUUACAUGUUCAACUUAAUACAUAAGUUGGACGAUGUUUCAACAUUGGUGUGUAGUAAUUAAUCAUCCUCUUUGACUUGUGUAGACGAAUCAUUUAACUUUUAUUUUUGUAAACAAAUGGGGUUAAAUUUGUACUUUUGCUGCUGCAUUCAAAAUCAAAAUUUGCUUUUAAUUUAUUGUUAUAAGCAAUCAUCCACUACAGCAAAAGAUUUCAUUUUUCGGAUAAAAUGGGGUAUCUUCUACACAAAACUAAGGGGUAUUAAGAUAUAAUAAUUUAAGAUGUAAUCAUAAUUAUGGUAUAAUAUUUAGCGGGCAUGGCGUUGUAAGAAGGAACAGUAACGUCACAUUUUUCUAACGGUUAUACUUAUUUUCAUCUCCCUAUAGUAUUUUUCAUUUAAUUUUCUAAAUUUUUAUUAAAAAAUAAAAUAAGGCAGAGGGAACGCGUGCGACUGUAAAGUCUACUAACGUCUCAAACAGAUCGAUUAUCAAAACCGUAACUUUUUCUAAAUUAUUGAUUUAUUUAUUCAUUAAAUAAACGUAGUUCGGUUAUUUUGUAUUGUUGGUAAAAUUAUAAUAUGGUACCUACGUCGGUUGUGCUCCUUGAGAAGGCCAGCGCUGACCGUAGACCAUACCAACCCAGCAAAGCUUGGGAUUGGGAUGUAAAUAUAAAAAUAAACAACUGAGACUGAACAGUUAAUAUACUUUAUAAACUUAUAUUACAUAAUGACACAUAUUAUGGUAUAAUAUGUUUUUUUGUUAAAGUGCAGUCAACAGCACCUCAGACUAUACGUGUUGGUUGCAAAAUAACACCUAUUAUGACUAUGAGAUGCCACGGUGCUUAGCUUGAUGUGCUGUUGUCUGUACUCUUUAUUUUUCGUUUUUAUUCAUUACUUUAAAAAGAAAGUGUUCCUUCUUGCAUAGUUUUUUUGUUGUACAAUCUGUUGGUUAUCGAAUUAUCAUUUUCCUUGAUUUUAUUAAGAGUUUCAUAGAAGUCUAUGUGUAUGUGCUAAAAGGAUUUCAACAAUCAACCAGUUUGAAUCUAGACCCAUUUAUUAAGGUGAGUAUAGACUGGAGCAUUUAUAGUUGUCCAACAUUGAACCGUCCCAGCUACGACAUUGACAGGAGGGCGCUACUACCAAUACUAGGUUAUUUCGAUUUUUGCCACUUGACGUUUCAGAAUAGUUUGACUAUUACUUGUAACAGAAUAACGAGCUGCUCUGUGAAAUGUCUAGUGUAUCACCCUGUCACGAACCAAACGUCGUACAUUUUACCUGUAUGGAACCGUUCGCAAGAAAGCGAUAUUACAUAUAAAGAAUUAAUGCUCUAGUCUAUACUCACCUUUAGACAAUCGUUAAACAUGGAUUUUAUUCUUACAAAUGAUAUUUUAAUGCCAAAGAAAUUGCUUCACUAUUCAUCAACGCAGUUUUUCAAUUUAACUAGGCAUGGUUUUUAGAAAAAAGAAACAACUCCAUAUGUACAACUAAAAGUUUCGAACGAUAAAAUUCAAUUUUAAAAUUAUAUCAGACGGCAAUCAAGUUUUGUCAAAUUAAGUUCACAUCCAUUUCCACAUGAAACAUCUAACUGAAUUUUAAAGAAUUAACUUUAUUCAUUUUACCGAAAUGCGAUUGAGUCUAUUUAUUUUACUUUUAAUUUAAUAUAAUUUCAUCGAAUCUUAUCAAUUUUAUAAUUUUUUGCAUCAUCAUAAUGAUGAUGAUGAUGAUAAUUUUAUUUGUAUAUCUUUGAUAUGACGCAUAUCGACGGUGAAGUGACAAUACCUCCAAAGUGCAUUUAUUUUUUGGUUUUUAGGAGAUAGAAAUAAUAUGGAAAUAUUACUUGCGCAUAUAGCAGCUAUUUCCAUCAAGUUUUAUUGCUAUCUAAAAAGAAAUAUCAGUUAGGAGAAAAAUUUCGAAUGGAAAAAGUCCACGCGAAAUUAAAUUUUAAGCUUAUUGUAUCAAGAAAAUCGAUUUAUUUAAAAUGUUAGUUAGGAGGUAUUGUCAUUUCACCGUCGAUAUAAGAAAUUCUACAUAAUUGUAUGCAAUGCUUGUAAUAAAGAAAAUAAAUGGGUCAUGAAGCAAUUGGUUGAGUGUACGUUCGACAGCAUAUGAGAAAAAACAUCUUGUUUCUAAAAUAAAUAGCACCUAUUAGAGCCACAGCAUACUUGCUACUUUCAGUAUCGGCGAGCGGCGAUUUAACCGCUUUUUAGAAGCUAAAUGCAGCGACCACACAUUCCACACCGCACACUUAAAACGUCAACCGCGACGAUUGAGUCGUUUUUCGGAAGCUUGACAGUAGUCGCUAAAACGCGCGAUUCCGAACGCAAGAAGUCGCGAAAUCGCGAUGCUGCGUCGAUACAGAAGCACAAUCGUCCAUCGCCGAUGCUAAAAGUAGCAUGUCUGCUGUGGCCUUUACAACGGCCCAAUUUCAUUAGAACGCAAUGUGGCGGCGCGGUGGUGGUGUCUUGAUCUACUAAAUAUACCUAAAAGCUACGUUCUCGGUUGCCGGUAAUAACUUGGUUACGCAAACCAAGCUGAUACCAGGUGAAAUACCUUCCAUAUAACUGUAGAACUUGGUGGCGCGACUGUGGCGCCGCCAUGGUGUUCUCUUAGGCUAUGGUCUCCUAUUAAACGCUAUUUACGUCAGAGUCAAACAUUCCAAUCGACGUCCAUAAUGUCCACGCGCCGACGUUAACAAAUGAAAGAGAAUCACAACAAUAUAUUUCUAUAGUAAGCAUUGUGACGCUGCCUACGGACGUUUACAGGAGCCCACAGCUUAGGGCCUUGAGAUGCCAUACUUGAUUUGCUGUCGUCAGUACAUAAUGUUUCCGAAAACAGCAAGCCUAGCUCUUCUCUUUUUAAGUUUACAUUGGUGUGACUUAUUGAAGUGGCCGGUUGAAGGAAAUGAUGAUACGGAACUAACAUAACUUACUUAUUAAUAGGUGUCAACUUUAUCGUUGUUUCUGUCUUGAUAUAAUGUAUUACAAUAUCGAUGUUCACAGAAGUAGAUUCUUAAGGCUGGGUUGCACCAUCUUACUUUAACUUUAACAAACGUGAGAUGUCUGUCAAAUUCCAUACAAAACCACCGGUUAUGUAUACACUCGCGAGCAAAAAUAUGGAAUCACCUCAUUUGUUCUGAGCUAUCUUAAGAACUAAAUUACUAAUCUAUACUAAUAUUAUAAAUGCGAGAUAACUCUGUCUGUCUGUCUUGCUUUCACGCCUAAACCACUGAACGGAUUUUGAUGAAAUUUGGCAUAGAGAUAGUUUGAGUCCCGGGAAAGGACAUAGGAUAGUUUUUAUCCCGGUUUUUGAAACAGGGAUAAGGGAUAAAGUUUUUCUGUGACAGACAAAAUUCCACGCGGGCGAAGCCGCGGGCUGAAAGCAAGUAAAUAAAUAAUAAAACCGGCCAAGUGGGUAAAGUUUAACGUGUUACGCGCAGUGCAGGUUUCCGUAGUUACCCGUCGUUACCACAAUAUAUUUUAUAGAAGCAAGCAAUUAUUUCAUCUAAAGACACUUAAUGUUCUUAUAAGGAUUUUUUAUUAGGUAAGAAAUUUUGUAAUAACUGUCCAAUAACUAUCCGGUGUCCAAUGACUGUUGGAUUACCCUACAUCAAUUACUCUAAUGGAUAUACAACUUAUAUACCUACUUUUAAAAUACAUAGUAACACCCAGACCCGUCACAGAAAUGAAAAUUUAUCAUUUUAAUUUCUGCCCGGCCGGGAAUCGAACCCGCGACCACUCAGCAUAGUAGUCCGUUCCGAACCACUACACCUAACGGCUGACUUUCCGGCCGAUUGUCAUGAUUUUUUUCCAGAUUGAUGGCUUGAAAAGCAAAUAGUUUAGUUUUUAGAGGGGGACAGGGACACCCUACUCGAACAAAAAUUUACUGUUUAGUUUAAUACUCACUCUCUCUCCCUCUCUCUCUAGGGAUUGAAGGUGAUAACGGGCAUUAGCAACCCCUGUGGAAUUUUUAAAGACCUAUUUCAUAAUACCCCACACGAUGGGGUGGGUAAGUGGGUAGAUGAUGAAAAAAAAAUUGCAUCCCCAUGUUACUUGUAGGGAAGCUACCCUAAAAUAAAACAUUAAAAAUAUAUAUUGUACAGUUUUGUCGGCAUAAUUAAGAUAAAUACCUCCACAAAAUUACAGCUCUCUAAUGCCAACAGUCUCCACGCUAAACCCACAUGACUAAACUAUAAAUAAGGGUUCCUUAUCAGAACUACGGAAACCUAAUAAGAUGUUGUUUCCAUACUUUUGAUAGUAAGUAAAGCUAAUGGAUAAAGUAAGGUGGUGCAACUCACACUCU